AUGACUGCUCAUUCUAAUCACUUUGAUUCAACGGGAACAGACCCAGAACGUUCCCUCAAAGUUACCCAUUGGAAUAUUCGAAGGCCCUACGUUCAUCCUUUUAAUUUCGACGCAAUAUAG